GUGCAGCCUGCGAGGCAAUCGAUUGCUUCACCUCGCAGUCUGUUCACCCUCCGCCAUAUUGAACAGCCUCGCUUGGGCAGACUGAUCAGUCAUGGAGGUCUCGAGAAUAUCAACGAGGAAUGCGCUACGUCGUAUCGCCAAACACUCCCACAAUGUCUCUCAAGCCCGAAAUUUAUCUCCAGCCAUGGCCGCCUGUUCUCCGAUGGCGGUCUGGAGCCGACGACAGUUCACGACCGGAACUGGCCUCGGACUCCCCAGUCCCUCUGCUCUAAGCUUCGGGGGAUCUUCCUCUGGUCAGACCUACUUUCAGAAGCAGUCGAGCCUGCCUGCGAAUACCAUCAUUCGAUUUGUUCCUCAACAGACGGCUUGGAUCGUUGAGCGAAUGGGAAAGUUUAAUAGGAUAUUGGACCCUGGCCUUGCAAUUUUAUUGCCUGUUGUUGAUCGUAUUGCAUAUGUGCAAUCCCUUAAAGAAGCGGCGAUCGAGAUUCCCAGUCAGAGUGCCAUUACAGCGGACAAUGUCACGUUAUCUUUAGAUGGCGUCUUAUAUACACGAGUAUUUGAUGCGUAUAAGGCUAGUUACGGAGUCGAAGAUGCGGAGUAUGCCAUCGGACAAUUGGCGCAGACCACGAUGAGAUCAGAAAUUGGUCAGCUGUCGCUGGAUCACGUACUCAAGGAGCGAGCCAACCUCAAUUCGAACAUCACGCGAGCAAUCAACGAAGCAGCGCAAGAGUGGGGUGUGGUAUGUUUGAGAUAUGAGAUCCGAGACAUCCAUGCACCAGAAGGUGUGGUAGCAGCAAUGCACCGACAGGUGACUGCGGAGCGAUCGAAGAGAGCAGAAAUUUUGGAAUCAGAAGGUCAAAGACAAAGCGCGAUCAACAUUGCUGAAGGGCGAAAGCAGUCGAUGAUUCUCGCAUCCGAAGCGUUGAAGGCGGAACAAAUCAACAAGGCUUCAGGUGAAUCGCAGGCAAUUUUACUCAAAGCUCAGGCUACAGCCCAAGGAAUUGAUGCUGUGGCAAACUCAAUUGCACGAGGCGCCGAUGCUUCUCAGAGUGCCAUCAGCCUUCGAGUGGCUGAGAGGUACGUGGAUGCGUUCAGCCAGUUGGCUAAGGAGGGAACGGCAGUGGUUGUACCUGGAAAUGUGGGAGAUAUGGGUGGCAUGAUUGCGAGCGCAAUGGCAGUGUACGGAAAGGUUAAUGAAAGUCAAAGAAGAGCCCUGGAAAGCAAACCUGCGACUGUUUCCGAUACAGCCAACGAGCAGAACACGGGCGAGGCGGAGUCUUCGACUGACUCUCCGAAUGAUGUGGCCAAGACAGUACUGGACAGCUUCGAGGAUAUGACAAGUAGGAGAAAGUGAAGGAAGAGAGCUUGCAGGAUGAAUUCGUGGCGCAUCAUGAUUUUGAUGUCCGCAGAUGCGAGCGAAGCGGGGGGAGAAAAGCAUUGAUUGUACCACCACUUUUAACCUGAAAAAGGAGCCCGGCAGGUGUGUAUUGCUUGAACUACGCUGUGUUAUCAUCACAUGAGGGGAGAACAUGAUAAUAAUAAAUUACCACUCUGCAUAUCGUCUGGUGUAUGUUAGUUGUGUAGGGAAAUACCAGCGAGG